GUUUGUUUAUUGUGUCGAUGUAAAUAAAUAAGUAAAUUUAUGGCUGAGCUGGUGCGUGGUGAAGCUUCCGAAUCGGACGAGGAGCAGGACAGACACAAGAUAUUCGCAGCCGAAGUUUCUGGCGAGGCAACGGAAGAAGAAGACGAGGAUAUUUAUGAGCAGCCGAGCACUCCCAGUGUAACCGCCUCAAUAUACCGCAACAAUCUGCUGCAGUGCAAAUUGAUUGAGAGCAACAUUGGCAUUUGUAAGGCAUUAACUGCGUUAACACGCAACUUUGUCGUGGACGCCUCCAGGCAGCUGCUAGCCACCGAUCAAAUGCUUAUCAAAUCCCAGGUGUCCUUGCAGUCGGCGCAUACAGCGCUGCAGCAGGCACAAAGGAAUACCUCGCAGUUGCAGGCACGCACUGCAUCGGCGUUGACAAGCAGCUUUCUGCCCACUAUACAGCUAAAGGAGACGGCAAGCAAUUGACAGUUUCUGGACAUGCACAUGUUUAAACGGUGUUUAUAAAUAAACGAACAAACUAGUCUAA